AUGCCUCCCAGGGUAAGGAAGGCGGUCCUCGCCUCUGUGCCAGAGGAUGACGAGGUGGUGGGUGAGGGGGGGGAGCCGGGAUCCUCGACCCCCCCACUCCCAGCCGAGCUACGCAGCCAGUACAAAUCCCUGGAGGCACAACUGGAAGCUCGCAUCGCCGAGAUAUGGUCUGCGACAGAGGACGCCGUGCUCGGCCUGCAGAACGAGUGUCGAAGACAACUAGUCAAGCUCCCCAAGUCGGUCCGCUCCAUGACUCUGGCCCGCCUGCGGGAGGAGCUGCCGGAUGACUACAGCGCCGCGGGUCUGCGAGAGGUCCAGGAGAAGCUGGCCAGCCUGGCCGCCCCGCCUCCGCUCGCUCCCGGCACGCGGGCGAGGGGCACCACGCGGAAACGCGCCGCCGGCGAGCCGACCACGGUCUUGCGAACGGUACAGACGCGGCGCAUGGCCGCCAGGACCGGGGACGAAGCGGCAGGGCCGGCAGGCACGCUCUUCAACGGCUUGCCCCUGGCCACGCCGCUGCCCUUCUCCGGCCCCGCCGUGCAGAUGCCUAUCACCUACGUCACGGAGCAGAAGCGGGCGGGCGGGCGGUUCACGGCGGCCGCCGCCCCGCCCUCUGCGGUGGUGCUGCAGGCCGCCAGCGGCGCGCAAUACGCCGUGUCGCGGCUGGAGGACCUAGAGGGCCUGCCCGGCGGCGAGGCCGAUGCGCUGCUGGACAGCCUGCGCGCGCAGCGGGAGUUCCUGGACAGGCUGCUGGCCAACAGCAUCAACACGCGGAGGGGGGGCAGGGGGAGGAAAUGA